AUGCCAUUUCCUUUCGAUAUCGUAUGCGAGCUUCUAGAAGAGUCCUACAGACUCGGUGUCGCUCGGAAACCAAACUAUACCGUCGUCGAGGGCUGGUUCGCGCGCAAUGCGACGCGGGUAGCCGCCCAUGAUACCGACCUGGCAGCCUUGCUGUCCACCCUGCUGCCCGGAAAGCGUCCGGAUCGCAUGUACAGUAUACAGACACCUGCUCUGGAACUCAUCGUAGGCCGUGGUCUGGGUCUCGGAGCCUCUAGGAAGAAGGAGAUCUCACGCCACAGAGAACCGGGCAGUGGCGUCGAUUUGGCUGAUUGUGUCGAGGGCAUCCUCUCCAUUACCCCGAACCAGCUCCACAUUGACAGCAGAGUCACAGUCGAGGAAGUCGACCAGCUCCUCCAUGGCCUGGCCUGUCGCAUCAAGUGGAGCUCGCCCGCCAUCCGCGCCUCCAAGACGCCCCUCGCCCAGCGCGACCGCGGCGACCUCGAGUCCAUGUACCGGCGCCUCACUGCUAGGGAGGCCAAGUGGCUCACGCGCCUGGUCCUCAAGUCGUAUGCCCCGCUCGUAUUCGAUGAGAACCUCAUCCUGCGGUCCUGCGACCCUAGCCUUCCCAUGCUGCUGAGGAUUCGCCAGGACUUCACAUCAGCUGUAGCCGUGGCCCAGGAUAUCCGAUCGAGACUCCUCCUGUCAACAACGGCAGCCGAUGGUGGCGCGGGUGCAACGACAGCAUGGAAGAAGCUUCUUCCCGGGGUGAUGCCCCGGGUCGGCAUCAAGGUCGGUCGGCAGCAUUGGACGCAGGCCCGCAGUAUCAAGCACUGUCUCGCUCUGGGCGAGGGCCGGAUGAGUGUCGAGCAAAAGGUGGACGGGGAGUAUUGCCAGAUACAUGUCGACCUAAGCAAGGGUGACGACUGUGUUCAGAUAUUUUCCAAGAGUGGCAAGGACAGCACCGAGGACCGAAGGAGGCUUCAUAGAACGAUCAAAGAGUCGCUCAGGCUCGGACAACCUGACUGCCGCAUUUCCAAGACCUGCAUUGUUGAAGGCGAGUUGGCCGUCUACAGUGAUUCGGAACGCAAAAUCCUUCCUUUUCACAAGAUCCGAAAUCACGUCACUCGCAGAGGAAUGUUUCUAAACACGGCGGAGGACUCGCCACCCCGACCGCAUGAGCACCUCGUGAUUAUAUACUUUGAUGUUCUUCUUGUCGACGACGUGUCAUUCCUGGGCGUCCGUCACUCAGAACGGUGCAAGGCACUCGCUGGUCUCGUGCGAACAGAGCCAGGCUGGGCCGAGGUGGUGCAACGCGAGAUCAUCGAUUUCGAUCACGGCCUCGCUGCGUCAACUCUACGCAAAGCGUUCGCCAAGGUCAUUGUCAGCCGCGGGGAGGGUCUGGUGCUGAAACCCGACGACCCAUACUUUGACCUGACACAGCUUGAUCCGCCGCGAUCUGGACGCUGCAUCAAGAUCAAGAAGGAGUACAUUGGCAGUUUCGGCGAAGUCGGCGACCUGGCCGCCGUCGGAGCGGGAUACGAUGCCACCACGGCCAAGCAGUACAAGGUUCCCAACCUGAAAUGGACACACUUCUACAUCGGUUGUCUGAAUAACAAGCAAGAGGUCCAGCAGUGGGGGGCCAUACAGGACUUUACCGUCACCAAUGUCGUCGAACUUAAUGAGAUGCAGUUGAAGUCGGUCAUGCAAUUCGGCAACCCCAUGCCCAUGGCGCGAGACGACCUCAGCUCCAGCACCUCCAUCAAGCUCACCAUUGUCCCCGCCAUCGAGACCAACCACCGGAUGACGGUCGUUUUUGCAAAUCCCUUGGUGUUUGACAUGCGCUGCUUCAGCUUCGACAAGCCCGGCAACGUCGGCUUCUGGACCCUGCGCUUCCCUGCCGUGUCGAAGGUGCACUUUGACCGCGAUGUCAUCGACACCAUCCCGUUUGGGCAGCUGCAGGAGUUAGCAGAGUUCGCUACCACGGCCCCAGAACAUCCAGACAGCCAACAGAAUCUCCAGUGGGUAGCCAAAUUGGAAGGCGCAGAUGCGCGGGGUUUUGCUGUCGAUGCCCGCAGCCAGACGGCCAGCACCGCCACGACAGUCCCGUCCCCGUCGCCGCGAAAUCGGGAGAUGACAGCGACGCGCAGCCUUUCAUCCAGCAGGCUGUCACAGUCGGCAGAUGGCGAGUCAGACUCGAACUCUGCCCAGCCGGCGCAUAGAUGGCAACGACCACAAAUCGAACCUAGUGUCUCGUCUCAGUGUCUCGUCUCGUCCUCUUCCGCCUCAGAGCUGCUGGUCAUCAGUACAGACCAGCCACGGAAGCGGGAACGGCCAGUGCUAUCGCCGCCACAGGUCCGAAAAAGACAUAGAGACAGCCAAAACCAGCUACCCGGCCCGGUGAUGCGCGCCCCUCUAGCCGAUGCAACAGCCAACUCAUCACAGGGUCCUACAGAACCUCGUCCAAAAAGAGACGUGUCAAGGGAACUCGCAAUCCAGACACAGGAUAAAUUUUCUGGGAGACUGGUCACAACGGCAACAGAGCCGGAGCCGACUGUUUCUUGCUCAUCGCUGGAGAGCGAAGAUAUCAGCGUGUUCCUGCCAGUCAGUUCGGUCGAGAUAUGCAGCAGCGCGCCACUAUCAACGUCUUCAGACUCACCUAGGAGAAGCUGCGCCCACGCCGGCGCGAACUGCCAGUUUGCCAAGACGUCAGUUUUCUUGGCCCCUCACCUGGGCACGGCGCCUUCAGAGAUGGCGGAUCUGCUCGGGUUGCAUGGCGUCGAGAGCAGAUUCGCCGAACUGGAGGAUGGCUCAUGGACUGCAGAGGGCUCGGCGCUCCUGCUGGUGGAUAGUGUCAAGCACGCAGCUGAGACGGAAGCUCUGAUACGGCGCAUGAUGAACACUGCUAGUCGAAAGACAACCUCGACAGCAGAUGGUGGUCAUUAUAUAUCUGUCUACGAUUGGAGGGUGCUGAAGAAUAUCACCACCCUGGAGGACGAGACGGUGACAAGAAAGUACUACGAAGGGUUCAAGGACCCCUGGAGAAGAUGGUACUGUGGGUUGAUAUAG